GUGGCCGAAGCCUCCAUCGCCUUGGUUAUUUAUCCCCCUCGGUGGAUUGAUGAUCACAGCUGUUGACACAGGGGCGGGGUGGCCAAGGCAAAGGCAGGAGGAGUAUUUGUGUGAAGACCUAUCCGGCGAGGACCUUGUGCCACACACACACACACACGCGCACACCGGCUAGGCGCUGAGCCAGAGAGAACAACAGGCAGAGCAACGAGCAGGGCAGCAGCUAACUACGACAACGCAGUCGUUGUCGUCGCUUCUCUCCGCACACGCGGGGGGCGGGCAAGGCACGCCAGAGGAGGAAGGACGGAGAAGGGAAGGGAGCGUGUCACCGGCAAUGAAGGCCAAGGCGGUCAUCCUGGCGUCCCGUCCCGGUGCCGACGGGGAACCUAGGAUGGAGAAUUUCAAGGUGCAGGAGCAAGAGGUGGUGGAGGAGCCCCCCGAAGGGCACGUUGUGCUGAAGACGAUCUACCUCUCUGUGGACCCUUACAUGCGCUGCCGCAUGAACGAGGACCCAGGUACCGACUACUUGUCGGCGUGGACGGUGGGCGGCGUGGCGGAGGGCGGCGGCGUGGGUGUGGUGCUCUCCUCCCGCGGCGAGGGCCUCAGCCCCGGGGACGUGGUCACCAGCUUCUCCUGGCCCUGGCAGACGCACGCCGUGCUGCCCGCGAGUGGCCUGCAGAAGCUGGCUUCAGCGUGGCUGGCGGAGCGGCCCUCGCUGGCGCUGGGCGCCGUGGGGAUGCCGGGACUCACGGCGCUGCUGGGGCUGCGCAUGGGGGGCCACGUCGUGCCGCGCGGCGGGCAGACCCUGGUGGUGAGCGGUGCGGCCGGGGCCUGUGGGCAUCUGGUCGGGCAGAUCGCACGGCUGGAGGGCUGCAGCAAGGUGGUGGGGGUGUGCGGCUCGGCCGCCAAGUGCCGCGUGCUCACCGCCGAGCUGGGCUUUGACGCGGCGGUCGACUACCGCGCGGAGGACCUGGCUGGGCAGCUGCGCUCGGCGUGCCCCAAGGGGGUCGACCUCUACUUCGACAACGUCGGGGGGCCGCUCAGCGACGCCGUCAUCGAGCAGAUGAAUGUGGGGGGCCACGUGGUGCUGUGUGGGCAGAUCUCCCAGUACAACAAGGACGUGCCCUACCCGCCUCCUCUCCCACUGCACACACAGACCGUGCUGCAGGAACGCAACAUCAGCAGGGACCGCUUCCUGGUGCUCAACUACCCGGACAAGCACGCCGAGGGUCUGCAACAGCUUGCCAGCUGGGUACAGAGCGGUCAGCUCAAGGUCAAAGAGACAAUCAUGGACGGGAUAGAAAAUGUUGGAGCUGCCUUCGUGUCCAUGAUGCAGGGCGGCAACAUUGGCAAGCAGCUGGUGCUCGUGAGCCCCUUGUAACGGUGCCCCUGCCACAGCCCGCACGAGGGUGGCAGGAACGGCGGGUGGGCUGGUGCGGCCGUGGCCGCGUGAUCUGCCAGCGCAUGCCGAACCCCCUAUCCAAGUCAAGAUAUCUGUCUGGCAUGUCCGGGGCACACGCAGGAUCACAUCAUGCGGUAGUAAUGGCAACUGCUCGCCAAUGGCACGCUGCCCAAUGGUUUAAAAAAAUGUUUUGCUAACGGUAGGCCAUUGUGUGGGCAAAGAGCACUGCCACUGGCAGAACAGGUGGUUUCGCUCGGUUUUUUGUAGAAACAAAGGGAGGUCCCCUCUGUAGAGAAGCUUUAGCAUAGUGGAGUACAGGCAAGCCACAAUGGGAUUGUUGAACAUCAACGUCACAAUGCCUACGCAUUGGCCAUGUGGCAGUGUAUGGAGUCAAUUAGAAAUGGGUAAUUACACUCGCAAUAUGUGCUAAGAAUUGCGCUUGUGGGAAUCGAUUAUUCAAGCAUUCUAAUUUGACAAAUCAGUGGCAAAUCGAUUCUUCAAUUGAAUCGCAUCCCCAAAUUGAAGUUGCAUGGUGUUAAUCGUUACAUGCAUUAGUACACGAUUUAAUCCCAUCAUAGUUUGCGAGAAUGAAUAAAUUCGGCUAUCACUCCAUCUUCCAUGUAAACAUUGAUGGUGGAUCACCGAUCCAUAAUUGGAACUGCAGGCGAAAAGCAGGGUCUUGCUUGUAGCUUGCAGCUACUGCCGUGUGAACUAAUUGUUGGUACUGCAGCUUGGUGUGGUAGUAUUGAACUGCUGGUCAUCAUCAAUUUGAACGGUCAGGUUGGUGGAUCACACAUGGCUGACGAUGUUUACAGCCACUUUUUAUGUAAUGAGAUGGUGCCGCCUCAAGGUGGCACUACACCCAAGUCGGUUUUUACGGAGCAUUAUCGCGUUGCCAUAUAUUUCAAGUAAACAUUUCUCCAGGCUCUUCUUCCACUUGUAAAUCUAAAGUAAGAAUUCGCCUAUUAUCUCGUAGGACCAUAAUAAAAAGGUCUUCAUGCUCCUCAAGAGUUUAAAAGUGCCUCUUUUUUCAUCAAGGCACAGCAAAGUUUUAAAUCAACAAAGUGUCUCCCUGGUGUAGUGCAUCCAUUGGUGGCUUUAAACUGUAGUGGGAAAUUCAAACUCGAUUAUGGCUGGGGCCAGUGUCUCCAUUGGACAACCACUUGACUGCCGACAAAAUGGUAGCGAGAG